AUGGUUCGCCGCCAAAAGACAUCCGAGCUAUCGGGCACCACCGUAAACGGAAGAUCUCUGCGACAACGUUUUGAACUUGACGACGAAGACGGAAUCUCUCGCCGUGAACUUGAGCACGCGCUGAGGCUCUCUCUGGAAGAGUCCAGGAAAGAAGCGGAAAAGAAGGGCACCCCAAAGAAAGAGACGCAGAAGAAGGAGGCAAAUAGCUCCGUCAAGAAGACACCCACUAAGCGAGCCGCCCCCGAACCCAAAGAGACACCCCCUGCUAAGAGUGCAAAGGUCACAAAGGCCGCCCCAAAGCCAAAGCCCAACCCGAAAAAGGACGAGAAAAAGGGUAAACCCCUGAAGAAGAAGAUCGUCGAAGAGGAGGAAGAAAGCGAGGGCACUGAGGAGGAGACCCCGAAGGAAACAAAGCCGAAAAAACCCGCCCCAAAGACCGAGAGGAAGACUACGGCAGAAAGCAAAAAAGGCCGCGGCCGCCAAGCAGAAUCGGAGAGUAAAUUUCUGACCGGCGCUUCGGACCUCGUCACGUUAUUGGCCACCGCCACAGAGAUACUUGGCCCACAGUGCGACACAAUC